AUGGAGAUGCUCACAGCUUUACAAUUCAAUAUUCCAUUUUGUGAUGCCUUAGAGAAAAUGCAUGUAUACGCUAAAUUCAUGAAAGAGAUUUUGAAUGGUAAACAUAAAUUGAAGGAUGAUGAAAAUUUAGCUUUAACAGAGGAAUAUAGUGCCAUCAUUCAACGCAAAUUACCACCUAAACUAACAGAUAUAGGGGCUAGCAUCAAUUUGAUGUUGUCUAUGAUGAAGAAAUUAAAUUGUUGGGAGCCAAAACCUACAAAAAUGACUUUGACUCUGGCCGACCGAUUUGUCACUUAUUCUGACAGAGUACUGGAGGGAGUAUUGGUAAAGGUUGAUAAUUUACUGUUUCCCAUUGAUCUUUUCAUUUUGGAUAUGUCGGAAGAUGCUGAAACACCAUUAUUCUUAGGAAGACCUUUCCUUGCAACAGACAGAGCUUUAAUUGAUGUGGAAAGAGGAUAA